CCCACCCCCAUUGAUGAAACCAUUACAUGAAAAGGCUGAAGUUACUAAGUUCAGCUCUCAAGCAGCCUGCAAAUCAUUUGAAGCUGCAUUGCCGAGGUCAAAGCUUGCAUUUUGCUCUCUGUGCUCGUUUCUCAAUGGAAAGCAACCAGCUGCAGUCUGUUUACACUUCGGUCCAAGACUACUUGAAACACGUUUGUGGGGAUGCCGAGCUGGAAGCUGCCCCGAGUCGAGUUGCCCAAGUCUUGGCAAGAGUAGCACCUUCGCUUCAGGAAGACGUGGAAGAGAAGAUAAAGCCACUUUGGCGCUCCAUCGAGAUCAGUUCUGUCGAUGAGGCCAGCAGCAUCUUCAACCGGGUGAUGGCACAGGAAUUUGCCGACGGGACCACCAACUGGGGGCGGAUUUUGACAAUAUUCGUCUUCGCAGGAAUUAUCACAAAGAAAUUGCAACAGCACGGAGUUCCUUUGACAAGAGAAAACGUGGAACCGAUUUGCCACUGUGUCACUGACUUUAUAAACACCAAAGCUACGUGGAUCAGUGAAAAUGGAGGCUGGGACGGCUUCCUUACAAAAUUGGGUGAAGAUAAGAGUCCCUGGCUGGCCUUGCACUACAUCAAGACAAAACUCAUCUCCGCUUUCUCGUUCUUCAGUCGAUAUUACUGACAAACUUGGUUCCUUGGUGACCACCAGAUACUUUUAUCGCCAUGCCUUCCGGGAAGGAUUCCUGCUAUUAGAAAACCGAGACUGCCUUAUUGAGCCAAAGGGAGCACUUCUUCCUUCCCAUUUCCAAACUUAUUUAUCUGUUAUUUAUU